AUGCAUCACAAUCAAGUAUACACUGCGCCCUUGGGUUCGACCUCAGCACCUGUCGUCAGCGGAUCCUCCCUCCCCCAGCACCUUUCGUUCGUCAUACCCCUCGAGAUCCGCUGUGCUUUCAGUCAAGCUUAUCACGCUGCGGAAAAGGCCCACGACCAGUUCAGAAAACUCCACAAAAACAUCAAGAACCGUUUAUAUCUGCUCUGUCCUACGGAUAACGCCAUCCGCUUUCAAGAACACUGUUCCGCAAUCAACCGUUUACAGGCCUGGGGGAGAGAUGGCAUCGAGUACUCACGCAGGUUUGAGAUCGGACAAACGCUCGCUCCCGCAGCUAAGAUUCCUUCUUUUACCUUGAAGUUCCACGUCGAAGAGAGCGCCUACAAGGCGUAUCAGGAGCGUCACCAGACCACAAGAGACGCUUUCUUCAGGGGUGCGUUGGCGUAUUGGAAGGAGUGCAAACGUCACUGCGAGCUGCUGCUGCAUCGUUCCACGAUAUCUGUAAUGGAUAAAGAGAUGUGCUGGGACUGGUGGCGGAAGUUCCUCGCAGAAGUCACGAAGUGGGAGGCGAGGGUGGAUGAUUUGGUCGUGCCCGACUGGCCUAUCGUGCUGGAGGAGUUGACGUCGUUGGUGGAGGAACGGGCCGAUUUGGAGGACGAAUUUCUCUGA